GUUUAUAAUUGAUUUUACUCAAGAUCAUGUGAAAAAGGCUAUAGAAGGCAAAAUGGCUGCAAGAUACAGAGAUCACAGAAACAAGUGCCACAAGCAUUUCAAGAAGUACCCAACAAUAGCUUUGGCAAAGCAGAAUCCAUAUAAGCAUGUUAGUGAUCAAAAGCAGUGGGAUUGGUUAUGUGAUAGAUUUGCCUCAGAAAAAUUCCAGCGACGCUCAACAUUGAACACUGAAAACAGAAUGAAGUUACCUUUUACUCAUCGAGGUGGAUCACGGUCCUUUGUACAACAUGUGGAAGAAUUGGCACGACACACCGGACAAGCGCCAGGACAAAUAGAACUUUUCAAGUUAAUGCAUUGGACUUCUCAAAAUGGUUGGAUAAACCAAGAAGCAGAGGCUUCUUAUGAAAAAAUGUUAGAAUUGCAAAAGCAACCAGUGCCAGAAGGUGGUCAAGCCUUGAAAGAGGCUGAAAUAUGUGUUCAAGUGUUAGGGUCAAGAUCUGGAUAUAUCAAGGGCUUAGGUCAUGGCCCUCGACCACCCUCAUCCUCAUCGAAAUCUACACAUAAGUCACAUCGAGAGAUAGAAUUGGAGAAUGAGCUUAAAGCAACACGAGAGCUUUUACAAAGUCAAGAGACUCGAAUCCAGCACCAGCAGUCCUAG